GCCCCUCCUCCCCACAUGGACUCAUCCCUCACCCGGCACUAUAAAAAGUCUGCUCUUGCUGAAAUUGUUCAGUCUCAUCACGAACUCCACCAGACCACCACCAUGAAAUUUGUGGCUCUUGCUCUCGCCCUUCUGCUGGCUGUCGGCUCUCAGGCCGCUUCCCUGCAGGCUGAUGCACCAUCCCAGCUGGCGCACAUCAGAGCUGCUAUGGAUGUCUACCUGACUCAGGUGAAGGACAGUGCCAAAAAAGCACUGGACCAACUUGAUGACGCUGAGUACAGGGAUCUCAAGACCGCAGUGUCUCAGCGCUUGGAGGACAUGCACGAUCAGAUCAAGGCUCUGCAGGGUGCUGUUUCCCCCAUGACUGACAGUGUUGUCAGCACCAUAGCUGAUGCCACCGCAGAUUUGCGCGCCUCUAUCAUUGCUGAUAUUGAUACCCUGAAAAGAGAGCUCGAGCCCAAGCGUGCACAGCUUAGGGAAGUCAUUAGUAAACACAUUGAGGAGUACCGCGCUCAGCUGGAGCCCGUCGUCAGUGAGUAUUACACCAAGCACACUGCAGAAAUGGAUGCCCUGAGGGCCAAGAUGGAGCCUGUUGUGGAGGAGCUGCGUCAAAAGGUCGCUGUCAAUCUGGAGGAGACCAAGUCUGCCCUGAUGCCCAUAGUGGAAUCUGUGCGUACCAAGCUCAGUGAGCGUUUAGAGAGUUUGAAGGAGAUGGCCUCUCCCUACGUUGAGGAAUACAAGGACCAGUUGAAACAGGCCUACAGCCAGGCACAGAACAUCAAUACUGAUGAGCUCACUGCCCUGAAGGAAAAGAUCACACCUUUAGCCGAGGACGUCAAAGUUAAGCUCCAAGCUAUCUUCGAGGCCAUCGCUGCAACCGUCACCAAGAGCUAAAUCCUCUCUACCCUGUGCCUACAACUAACCUCACCUACCUGUCAGUCUUUGAUCCAUUCCGACUUCCUCUCCAUCCUUUCUUUCCUGAUGCGCAGCCGGACCACCUCCCAAGAUGAAGCCGAUGCCUAAGUGAUGCACUUUUUGCAACAAAAUGGCAGGACUCUUGCUCUCUCUCUCUUUCUUUCAUGCAAACAGCUUACUUCAUGCGCACAUGCUCAAGCACAUGCAAGCAAAGACAUACGCAGACACAUACACACUCAGCACACACAUGCUUCACUCUUUGCAAGCCACAGUCAACUGCUUCCAUUUUGUGUAGGAACUGUAUGUGAAUUAAGUACCUGAACCUCUGUGUACUGAUGCUUGUCUGAUGAAAACUGCGCUUUGAUGAAAUACAGCUCAAUAAACAUCUGACUGUUUAUACUA